AUGCGGGGCCCCAGCUUCCUUGCCUGGCUGGUCUCCAGCCUGGGCGUGUGGAGGCUCAGCCAGCCCACGCGGGACCCUUCUCAGUGCCAGAGGGCAGAGCACCCGGUCAUCUCCUACCAAGAAAUUGCCCCCUGGUUACGGGAGUUCAGAGCGAAGGAUGCUGUGGAUUUCUCGCAGUUAACAUUUGACCCAGGACAGAAAGAGCUUGUUGUAGGAGCAAGGAACUACCUCUUCAGGUUGCAGCUUGAGGACCUGUCUCUGAUCCAGGCUGUGCAGUGGGAGUGCGAUGAAGCUACCAGGAAGGCCUGCUACAGCAAGGGCAAGUCCAAGGAAGAAUGUCAGAACUACAUCCGAGUGCUUCUGGUGGGUGGUGAGCGGCUGUUCGCCUGCGGGACCAACGCCUUCACGCCCGUGUGUACCACCCGCACGCUGAGCAACCUGACGGAGAUCCACGACCAGAUCAGCGGCAUGGCCCGCUGCCCCUACAGCCCCCAGCACAACUCCACGGCACUGCUCACGGCCGGCGGGGAGCUCUAUGCUGCCACUGCCAUGGACUUCCCGGGACGCGACCCUGCCAUCUACCGCAGCCUAGGCGUCCUGCCUCCUCUCCGCACGGCCCAGUACAACUCCAAGUGGCUCAACGAACCCAACUUCGUGUCAUCUUAUGACAUCGGGAAUUUCACCUACUUCUUUUUCCGAGAAAAUGCGGUGGAGCACGACUGUGGGAAAACGGUGUUCUCCCGCGCAGCCCGCGUCUGCAAGAACGACCUCGGGGGCCGCUUCCUGCUGGAGGACACCUGGACGACAUUCAUGAAGGCGCGCCUCAACUGUUCGCGCCCCGGCGAGGUCCCCUUCUACUACAAUGAGCUGCAGAGCACCUUCCUCCUGCCCGAGCUGGACCUCCUCUAUGGCGUCUUCACCACCAACGUGAACAGCAUUGCCGCCUCGGCCGUGUGCAUCUUCAACCUCAGUGCCAUCUCGCAGGCCUUCAACGGGCCCUUCAAGUACCAGGAGAACUCCCGCUCCGCCUGGCUGCCGUAUCCCAACCCCAAUCCCAACUUCCAGUGCGGCACCGUGGACCAGGGUCUGUACGUGAACCUGACCGAGAGGAACCUGCAGGACGCCCAGAAGUUCAUCCUGAUGCAUGAGGUGGUACAGCCCGUGUCUGCGGUCCCUGCCUUCAUGGAGGACAACAGUCGCUUGUCCCACGUCGCCGUGGACGUGGUGCAGGGCAGGGACCUGCUCGUCCACAUCAUGUACCUGGCCACAGAUCACGGCACCAUCAAGAAGGUGCGGGCACCCCUGGGCCCUGCUGCGGGCAGCUGCCUGCUGGAGGAGAUAGAGCUCUUCCCCGAGCAGCAACCGGAGCCCGUCCGCAGCCUCCGGAUCCUGCACAGCCGGAGCGUCCUGUUUGUGGGCCUGCGUGAGCACGUGGCCAAGGUCCCACUGAAGAGGUGCCACUUCCACCGUACGCGCAGCGCCUGCAUCGGGGCCCAGGACCCAUACUGCGGCUGGGACGUGGCGCUGAAGAAGUGUACCAGCCUGGAGGAGAGCCUGAGCAUGGCGCAGUGGGAGCAGAACGUCUCCGCAUGUCCUACCAGGAACCUCACCGUGGACGGGCAGUUUGGCGCGUGGUCCCCGUGGGCGCCCUGCACACACACGGAUGGCAGUGCCGUGGGCUCCUGCCUCUGCCGAAUCCGCUCCUGCGACAGCCCGGCCCCACAGUGCGGUGGCUGGCCCUGCACUGGCCCCAGCAUGGAGAUCGCCAACUGCUCCAGGAAUGGCGGCUGGACCCCCUGGACUUCCUGGUCCCCCUGCAGCACCACCUGUGGGAUCGGCUUCCAGGUGCGCCAACGGUCCUGCAGCAACCCCACACCGCGCCACGGGGGCCGGGUGUGCGUGGGGCAGAACCGCGAGGAGAGAUACUGCAAUGAACAUUUGCUCUGCCCCCCACACGUGUUCUGGACAGGCUGGGGUCCUUGGGAACGGUGCACAGCCCAGUGUGGGGGUGGCAUUCAAGCUCGCCGCAGGACUUGCGAGAAUGGACCGGACUGCGCAGGCUGUAAUGUGGAGUACCAGCCCUGCAACACCAACCCCUGUCCUGAGCUGAAGAAGACAACGCCCUGGACACCCUGGACACCCGUCAACAUCUCCGACAAUGGCGGCCACUAUGAGCAGCGGUUCCGCUACACCUGCAAAGCCCGCCUGCCUGAUCCGAACCUGCUGGACGUGGGCCGGCAGAGAAUCGAGAUGCGGUACUGCUCCAGUGACGGGACCAGCGGCUGCUCCACAGACGGCCUCUCUGGGGACUUCCUGCGAGCGGGAAGGUACUCUGCCCACACGGUCAAUGGCGCCUGGUCGGCCUGGACAUCCUGGUCCCAGUGCAGCCGUGACUGCAGCCGCGGCAUCCGCAACCGGAAGCGGGUGUGCAAUAACCCCGAGCCCAGGUACGGGGGGCUGCCGUGCCUGGGCCCCUCCCUGGAGUACCAGGAGUGCAACGUCCUGCCCUGCCCAGUGGAUGGUGUGUGGUCCUGCUGGUCUCCCUGGUCCAAGUGCUCGGCAACGUGUGGCAGUGGACACUACAUGCGGACGCGCUCCUGCUCGAAUCCAGCCCCGGCCUACGGAGGGGACAUCUGCCUGGGUCUGCACACAGAGGAGGCACUCUGUAACACACAGCCCUGCCCCGAGAGCUGGUCGGAGUGGUCAGACUGGUCUGAGUGUGAUGCAUCUGGAGUCCAGAUCCGCGCCCGCCAAUGUAUCCUUCUGUUUCCUGUGGGUGGCCAGUGUUCCGGAAACACCACAGAAAGCCGGCCGUGUGCUUUUGAUUCUAACUUCAUUCCAGAAGUGUCUGUGGCCAGAUCCAGUAGCAUGGAAGAGAAAAGGUGUGGAGAGUUCAACAUGUUCCACAUGAUCGCCGUGGGGCUGAGCAGCUCCAUCCUCGGCUGCCUGCUCACUCUGCUCGUCUACACCUACUGCCAACGCUACCAGCAGCAGUCCCACGACGCCACCGUCAUCCACCCCGUCUCGCCCGCCCCUCUCAACACCAGCAUCACCAACCACAUCAACAAGCUGGACAAGUACGACUCCGUGGAAGCCAUCAAGGCAUUUAACAAAAACAACUUGAUUCUAGAGGAAAGAAACAAGUACUUCAACCCACACAUCACUGGAAAGACCUAUUCUAACGCCUACUUUACAGAUCUCAAUAAUUAUGAUGAGUACUAA